AUGGGAAGAAGACGUCAUCUAGAUGCUUGUUUGCGGAAGUGAUCAUCAUAGCCAAAGGACGAAAGUUGUGCAGGCGUGAUGGAGGUGCGUAGGAAACUAUUGAACUCAGAUGACAAGUGUGUGGACGAGGCUUUGGAGGGUCUCGUCAGGAGUAACGGGGAUCUGGCGCUGCUGCGGGGCCACAGAGUUGUGCUGCGGUCCGAUCUGGAGAGCAUUAAGGGAAAGGUAGCGCUCCUGUCCGGGGGAGGAUCCGGCCACGAACCCGCGCAUGCAGGUUAUAUUGGCGUGGGAAUGCUGUCCGGAGCUGUGGCGGGAGCAGUAUUUGCGUCUCCUCCUCCAGGCAGUGUGCUGGCUGCCAUUCUGACUCUGUGGAAGGGAGGUGCUUCGGGAGUCCUGCUCAUCGUGAAGAACUACACGGGUGACCGCCUAAACUUUGGCAUAGCUGUCGAACAGGCCCGGUUACAGGGUGUGCAUGUGGACAUGGUGAUUGUGGCCGAUGACUGCGCCUUCGUUCAGCCCAGCAAGGCCGGCAGGAGAGGCUUGUGUGGAACUGUGUUCAUUCAUAAGAUCGCUGGAGCUCUGGCAGAGAAAGGCUGUCCAUUGGAUGAAAUUGUUGCACGGGUGAACGAAGCAACAAAAAAUAUUGGUACGCUGGGUGUUAGUCUGUCUCCAUGCAGUGUGCCUGGAUGCCUUCCAUCUUUCCAGCUUCCACCAGGAGAGAUGGAGCUGGGACUGGGGAUCCAUGGAGAACCAGGUAUUAAGAGAUCAAAAGUGGGCUCUGCUGAUGAAGUUGUGCAAACUAUAAUAAGUCACAUAACUGAUUCCUCAAACAAAUCACAUCUGUCCUUGAAAUCAGGAGACAAGGUGGUGCUGUGUGUGAAUAAUCUUGGUGCACUCUCAUGUUUGGAAAUAGCUGUUGUUUCUAAAGUGGCUGUUCACUGCCUAGAGGAGCGUGGUGUGCUGGUUGUCAGGGUGAUGUCGGGAACAUUUAUGACAUCACUGGAAAUGGCGGGAAUGUCUCUUUCUUUAAUGAAGGUUGAUGAAGAGAUGCUUAGGCUGUUUGAUGCUAAAACCACAGCCCCGGCCUGGCCUAACCUCAGCAAAACCUCUCUGAGUGGGAGGAACAUGUUCAUAAAACCUGAAGAAAAACUUGUUGCAGCUUCAGAUAAUUAUAAUGAAGGUUCGCUGUCUUCAGUCAUUCGUCUGGUGUUGGAGUCCGUGUGCAAGAUCCUCCUGCAGCACCAAGAGGAACUCAAUGCUUUGGACCGUGCAGCAGGAGAUGGAGAUUGUGGGAGCACACAUGCUCUAGUCGCUAAUGCCAUUCAGGAGUGGCUCCACACCUACAGAAUCCCUGGGAACCAUGGCCAGCUUCUAGCAGAUCUUGCUCUGCUGGUUCAGCAAAGCAUGGGAGGAUCAUCAGGGGCGUUAUACUGCCUCUUUUUGUCUGCUGCUGCCCCUCAUCUCAUGCAAAGCAGUGAUGGUGCAGCUUGGGCGAAGGCGUUGCAUGCUGGGACAGAAGCCAUGAAGAGAUAUGGAGGUGCUGAACCAGGGGACCGGACCAUGCUUGAUGCCCUGUGCCCUGCUGUGGAAGAGUUGAUGAAACUUUCCACGGCGCCUCCUGGUGGCCACAUAGCUAUACUACAAUCAGCAGUGGAGAAAGCUGAUUUGGGAGCAGAAUCUACACGCAAUCUCACUGCAAGGGCUGGACGUGCCAGUUACGUUGCGUCUGAACAUUUGACCCAGCCUGACCCUGGUGCUGUAGCAGUAGCUGCCAUCCUGAAGGCUAUACUCAGCGCUUUGAAGGCCUAGAGCUCACCAACAGUUUCUUAAGGAACAGUAAUGCAAAAGGCUGUAAACACAACACGGAGAUGGCUAACAUUUGAUUAUUGAUGAUCUUCAAGAUUAUUUUAAAAUACAUUCUCCGUUCCCUGUUAAAGGUGAUUUUUUAGUAGGUUGACAUCAUUACAAAGAGUGUAAAAACUGUUGCUCAACACUUAAUUAUGUUUGGCCGACAUAGAAGCAUUGGCUCAAUCAAGUUUGUGUGUGAGUUUGGUCCAAGAAGCCUUUUUAAAAAAUGUUGCACUGCAAUUUGGUGCCACUAGUUUGGGAGAAUUUGCACUUUUUAGCUUUAGCUUUUAAUGCUGGAAAUAAUGAAAAAUUAACCAAUGCACUUACAUUAAUGAUACAAUGUGUGACUAAUACCAACCUGUGUUAAAAUUAGGGCUUUUUAGCUCUUUUACUAUUGUAAACAAUUAUGUUCAUUUAAUGCAUGUAAUUUGUUUAUUAGAGUUUUUGUUGAUCGCUAUGGUAUUAUCUCAAGUAUGUGGUAAAACUCACAACUGUUAGUACAAAACUCAAAGCAGAUAUUCAAAAGGGCAGUUUUUUUCCUAACAUGUAAUCAUGUGUUCAAUUUACUAAGUACAAUACACAAAAUUACACUAACUUUUUCACCACACAUAAUCAGUGUGUCAUCAAAUAAAUACCUUUCAUAUGAA